UUUCUAGAAACGAUUCUUUUUUUAAUACCCCACACACCCUCAGAUCUAUUAUCAACCGUUGGAUUACGUGGACAAGUCCAAUGCCACUCGUAUUUUUAACCAUUCCUCACACUCCUCAACGUGAUGUGAAGAUACUUUGCUGUUUCAUAACGUCAUAAAGAACAGUGACAGGCGAAAUUUCUCAAGAAAGCAAAUCGGAAGAACUCACAAAAAAAACUAAGAUGGAGACAGAGAAGAAAAAUAGCAAGGAGGUAGCGCUAAAACACCUAGCGUUCGUGAGAAUUGCAACGAUCCAUAUUCUGGCUUCCGUCUCAAAUCUCUACGAAUACGCUAAACAAAACUCCGGUCCUCUCAAAUCCGCCGUGGAAAAGGUCGAAGGAGCCGUCACCACCGUCGUCACCCCUGUCUAUCAGAAAUUCAAAGAUGUUCCUGAUUCUCUCCUGGUCUUUCUAGAUCACAAGGUGGGUGAAGUUUCGUACAAGUUUGAUGAGCAUGCUCCUCCAAUGGCUAAGAAAGUGGUGAAUCAAGCACAUGUAUUGAUCUACAAGGCGACAGAGAAAGCUCAAAGCUUUGUGAAAGAGGCUCGUACCGGUGGUCCCAAAGCUGCGUUUAACUAUGCUGCAACUGAGUACAAGUUUUUCGUUGUGACCAACUCGGUUAAAGUCUGGGCUAAACUUAACCAGUAUAAACCAAUCCAUGCAAUGGGUGACAAAGCUUUGCCUGUGGCUGCACACUUUUCCAGUCGGUACAACGAUUUGGUGACUGAUAUGACUAAUAUGGGUUACUCUUUGGUUGGUUAUCUUCCGUUGGUUCCUGUUGAUGACAUUGUUAAGGCUUAUGAAAAGGAAGAUGCAAGGAGAAAGAAAGGAGGGGAUACGGCUGGAAAGAAAGGAGAGACUACUGAUGCGGCUGAUGGUGAUAAAUCAUCGUCUGAUUCGGAGUAGGAUUGAGACAUUUUGUGAUUUGUUGCUGCUUUGGAAAGUUUGGUUUGUUGGGUUUUGGUUAUGUGUGUAAAUGAUCUUAGGACCUCUCUUUUUUUCUUCUAUCACAGAACUUUGAACUAGUGUUUUAUCUCUUGGUGCUGUGAAAAUGUACUACGUGUGUUUCGAUCUUUUUAAACAAGGAUGGGUAGUGUUAGCUACAUAACUUCGAAGAACAUGAAAAAAUUAUCACAUUUUGAGAAAUUGUAUCAGUAUCAAAAAUGGAGGAGAUGGAGAAUCAAAACAACUUUACUA